AAUGGAGCCGAGCACAAUGAUUGCCACAAGAGCAAUCAUGGAUAAGCUAAAGGAACUUAGGAAGAACCUACAUAUUUCAGAUGAGCAUACUAAAGUGAGAGUGGAAGACUGGAGAAAAAGGAUGCAGGAGAUCUCUGACCAAGUCCAGAGCCAGGUUGAACUGCUUGAAAAAGUAGGAAUCAAUGAUGCCAAAGUCACUGAAGGGGAUAGCAUCAGCAAACGCAAGCACUACUUCGACCACAUAGUCUCUACUAUCAGCAAGGAGGUUAUCCAAAUAAUGAAAACUAUCAAACUAAUCAUGCAUUUGCCUGCAAAAUAUGACAAGAAGAAGGGAGAUGAUGUGAUCGACACAUCUUGGAAGAUAAUUCAAAACAAGUUUGAGAAUGAAUGCACAGCUGCUCUCAAGCAAUCAGAGGAGGAGAAUGCAAACCAGCUGGAGAUCAUUGCCAAAUUGAUGAACAUGAAGGAUAACUUGAUGAAGCAAGUUUCCCAUGCUCUAAUUUACAAGAAGAUUCUGUUAUUUAAGGAUCUUAAUAUCAACAGUGCUGAUUUCGUAGAAGCCAAGGUUGCUGAUAUUACAAAUCAAAUGGAAGAUCUCCAAAAAGAGUAUGGAUACGUCCCUACAAAGGCUAGGCUGGAAGAACUCAAGCUUAACUCUGAGGGAAUAUACACUCCUUCAAUAGAAGGAGAGGGCAAGUAUAGUGAAAGUGUGGAGAAUCUAUACUCACUUUCUCUUUGAUUUUUCGAAAUGGAAAACCUCAUCAAGACUAAUUUCAACCUCUCUGGGGAGAGAGAUCUUGGAGAUUUAUCAGAAAACAACCCUGUUUUGGAAACUCUCAGGAAAAAUCUUGAAGAUGUGUAUAAGGAGAAGGAGAGGCUCCAAGAUGACAUCAAGAGAAAUGAGAACCUUAUGCUCGGUGGAGAGAUGAACGAGAUUCACGAAAUGACUCGAGAAAUUGACCGUCUCAAACUCUACAACGACUCCCUUCAAAAAGAACUUGACAGUGCUCAAGGAAACUUCAAAACCUGACAGAAUGCAUUGACCAAGACCAAGCAUGAUCUAAGAAAUAUGACUGAGGCAAAGAAGAACCUCGAAAGCUGGCUUAAGCCAAAGCUUAAAGAGACGAAGAGGUAUCAGAAAGAACUUGCUGCUGAGUUGUUCAAGAUAAGACAAGAUGCUGAACUCCUACCCUCAAUGUUCAGAGCAGAAGCUCAGUUUAGAAAUCAAUGAAAGCAAGACAAAGAAGAUGCUGAGAUAAAAAUGAUUGAUGCCACAGAGACUGCAGCUAAACUUGAGCUAGAGAAGAAGGACCUCAAGCAUGAACUGGAGAGAAAAGAGCGCUUGGCUCUCCAAGCCAUUGCUGCUAGGAGUAGCAUGAAGGACUCCCUAGCUGAGUCCACUAGAGAUUUGAAGAAAUCUAUGGAUGACAUGAAGAGUAUGGAGGAAGAAGUUAAGAAAGCCAAAGAAGAAACUGAGUACUACAAGAAGAGAUAUGAUGAAAUGUUCAAUUCGGUUAGUGGCCUUAACAAGAGAAUUGAAGAGCUUGAAGAGCAUAAGAAGCAUCUUCUAUCAAAGAUAAAAGAGUCUGGUGAUUCAACUGGUUUGGAUUAUAUCAUAAAAACACAGAAAUUAGAUGAUGUAAAAGGAAAAGAGUAAUUCCUCUUCUCCUUAAGUGUCCAUAAAAGGUGAAGGAUAUCUCUGGCUGGGUUAGAACAAAGCUCUGAGAGAUGUGAGAUGCCUAGUAUGGAUGAAUAACUGGCCUUUCAAAUCAGUUCAAC